AUGAUGAGUACUAUAACAAAGGACGUUCGUAACUAUUUUAAACUAGAUCGUUUAGUAGCACGAUCGUAUGUUAUACUUCGUCAAUUAUUUAAAAAACGUUAUUCUCUAUUCAACAGUGGUCAAGUAUGGGAUGAUUCCUCAACUUGCGGAAGUAAUUAUUUAAGUAAUGUUAUUGCAAAAAAUAAGAAGUUUAAUUUGACCAAGGUUCAAACAAUAUCUAUCGCUAAUGGUGAUUCAAACGAAUGGGAUAUAACGACACUUACUUCUCUUCUUCUCAAUGCUGAUCGUCCUAAAACAUUGAGUCGAGCUCAAAUACAAGAACUCGAUCAUGAAGAUUUACUUUUAAAACAAUUAAGAGAUAUUAGAAAUAAGUUAGCUCAUCAUGCAUCAAAAUCUAUAGAUGAUACUGAAUUUAGUCAACUCUGGACUGAUGUAACGAACAUUCUAGUAGCAUUUGGUGAAAGUGACUGUGAGUUAGACAAAUUAAAAGAUGAUAGUGUGUUUGAAGCACGUACUCAAUUGAUUAAUGAAGAAAAUGUUGAAGAAGCAGCACGUCUAAAUGCACUUGGUACACAAGCUCAUAAAGAUGGAAAAUUAUCCGAUGCUAUUGUAUUAUUUACGAAAGCAACCGUUUUAUCGGGUGUAUUAGAUCGUGAUCGUGCAAUUUUCUAUUCGAAUAUGUCAUCUAGUCGUCUUGCAUUGUAUGAAAAACAGCAGAAUGAUAUUUCAAACAUCUUUGAAAUACGUGAUCCAAGAGAUCAACGAUAUCUUGCACUUCAAGAUGCGAAACUAGCUCGCAAUCUUUGGCCAACGUGGUGGAAAGGUCAUUUUCGCGUUGGAAAAGUAUAUGCCACCCUAAAUGAACAUGAUAAAGCUGUUAAUUCAUUUGAACGAGCAUUAGCUCUUGAACCUACGAAAGAUGAGAUACGAAAAGCAUUAGAUGAAAGUCGUCAUAUACUUGGUCGGCAAAUGCGUUGUGAACACCUUGAUCCACGAUUUAGUCCACGAACGGUUCCUGAGCAAUUGAAUGCAUUACAAGAAACAAUCGGAAUAAAUCCAGAAAAUCUGCGCAUGUUACAUAGUUUAGCAGAGGCAACAGAUUCAGCUGCAGCUGAUGUUCUCAAAGGAUAUAAAUAUGAGCAUGGAGAUAUUGAUGUUAAACAAGAUUAUGAGCAAGCUGCUAAAUAUUACGCUAAAGCAGCAGGUCA